AUGAUGACAUAUAGGUCAGACGGACUUACACCACAAACUUGCUACGUAACGUCGGCUACUCUAGGAUUCGGCGAUCUUGAUUUACAAAUCAAAACCAUCACAUACGGUUUCAAGAGGACAACCAUUGACGGAGGAAUUAACAUAACAGAAUCCACCGCACUUCCAGGGACAUAUUCAAGAGAAAACAGCAAGGAGAAUGAAUCUGAGUACUACCACAUUCGUUACAUUCACGCCUGUGAAGCUUCAUGGAGGCUCUUCAAUCACCUCAGUCAAGCCAACAUUCGCACCGUCCAGAGGUUACCACCCCAUCCUUAUAAUGUGGGAAGUGUUGGUGUACAAACAACUAGGUUCACCCGUUGGAUCGCGGCAAACAUGACAGAACCACACCGACUGAGAAAUGCAACCGCCAGAAUGUUUUUCCGGUGGGACCCAGCCUUGAGGGAAUGGACAGACAUGUGGAGAGAAUACCCACUCCUGAGUUGUUGGUACCUACGUCAUCGCUCGACGAGAGGGUCUUCUGCGUCGGUAGACCAUCUCUAUUUCGUUUAA